AUGAAUCAGCAGCCGGAGUCGAGAAGAGAACGCGCCGGACGGAACAAGAGGGGAACUCUCCCAAGUCCAAGAAGAACUCCGAUUGCCAUCCCAAACCAAAUAGCACAAAUGCCUGUCCUGAUGACCGUAAGCUUCUUGUCCCGAUCCUCCUCUCAAAUCCAUUCUCAGGGCUUCGCGACUCUUGUCCCACAUACUGUUCUCGACGCAAUCGCAAUGACGAGCAGCCUGAUUGUGGUUCAGUGCGUGGAGCCGUUGGAGAUGUUCACAGGCAUCGAGACGGCCAAUCGAUACGUGAUCCAUGACAUGUUUCUAAGACCUUUGCUCUAUUGCAACGAGAAUUCCGGAUUCUUAGCUCGUCAGUGCUUCGGCAAUGGACGUGGAUUCGUGAUGGAAAUAAGGGACGUCUACGGCGCUCCGUUGAUGAAUGUUCAGAGGGACAACACGUGCUGCUCGUGCUCCGAUUCCGUGGUCGCCCGCUUCAAUGGUCAUCAGAUCGGAAUGAUUCAGAAGGAGUGUUGUGACGGAACCGUGAGUCGUUCUUAAUGCAUUUCUAUUUCAUUCCGUACUUUUCAGUUCAAACUCUACGCUGCCGGAUGCCCUCAGCCAUUGCUCAUUUCCAGUCCGUUGUGCUGUGAAAUGCAAUGCGGAGGCACUCAAAUAUUCCCGGUUAUGGCCCAAAACGGAGCGAAAGUCGGAGAGAUCGUCCGUCUUUUCCCUGGAUUUCUUCAAGAAUUUCUCACCGACGCCGACACUUUUCUCGUCCAUUGUGAGCUAAUUCUAUUGUCUUCCGUUCUUAAAUCUUUGUUUUCAGUCCCCAUUAACAUGCCGCCCAUUUUGAAACUCGUUCUCAUCUCUGCCGUUUUCCUCAUUGUAAGGCUUAAUUUGCUUCAAACUCAACAGCAAGCAUUUGCAGGAUUUCACAUAUUUCGAGACAGACGAUUAA